AUGGUUGAACCUGUGCCAACAACUGAGGCAGACGCAGAAACCGAACUUCUAAACAUGAACGAAAGCACACCAGUUGAGGUCUGUGUAAUCGAGGAGGAAGGCACGGUUCCACCGGCAGGGGCCUGUGAAGUGAAUCUGGUAUUUUACUCACAAUCUGCCGGCUACGCGCGAUGUCUCCUACCCUGCGAACUGAACGGCAAUCCAGAGGAGAUAAUCUGGCUAAGAAUGGAGGCAGAGUUUCGUACAGCGCCCCUACAGAUUGACGUUCCGGACGUACAGUUUGGCAUAAUUUGCCUCUUUGACAGUAGUGUCCGGGAGAUCCGACUGUCCAAUCCUCAUUCUAUCGUGCCGUUGGCGUGGAGAGCAGAAUUCGAGUCGAUUCCAGCUCUCGCGCUGAAGCAGCUGAAACCUUACCGUGGAGCAGAGGAUUUUUCAUCGGAUGAAUAG